AUGCGCUUCAAUAACCGUAACCGUAACAGCCUGUCGACGACGACGACGACGAUAAUAGCUUCUUUUUUCGCAGUCAUAACCCUCAAUCAUGUUGUCUUAAUAGUCAACGCAACACCCCAACCCUCAGGGAACAUUCUUCCCCAAGUGGAAGUCAAAAUCCAAAUCCGCCACCAUCCCGAUCCGAAUCAAGAUUACCAGCCGAAACCAACACCCCCCGCCGAACUCCAACAUGCCAAAGAACCCGUCUCGACGUUAACCAUCACGGCAACCCCCAGCGACACCCCAGCCAUCUCCGCCCCCUCCUUCCUCGAACCCAACCUCUUCACCUCCGCCCUUCUCAAUUCCACAAACUUUUACCGUGCCCAACACAACGCCUCUUCAGUCGUGUACAACGACACCCUAGCUUCAUUCGCCUCUUCUUAUCUCGAGAAACUUGGCCUACCCGAGAAUCCCCCUUCUUCUUCUUCCUCUUCCUCAUCCAAGUCCUCCGCCUCCUCCUCAACCACCACCACCAAACCCCCCAAAUGCGAACUCAUCCACUCCAACGGCCCCUACGGCGAGAACCUCGCCCUGGGUUGCUCCUCCGCUUCCUCCUGUGUAGAAAUGUGGGGCAACGAACGCUCCAAAUAUGAUUUUUCCGCAGCAAAGUUCGGAGAGGAGACAGGGCAUUUCACGCAGCUUGUGUGGAAGAAUACUACGGAUGUGGGGUGCGCUGCGAGGUGGUGCGGUGCGUGGAAUGAGGGACAGGGAGGGUGGUAUUUGGUUUGUGAGUAUUGGCCUAGGGGGAAUGUGGUGGGAGGGUUUGGGGAGAUGGUUGAUAGGAAGGUUAAUGGGGGUGGAAGAAGACUGGAACCAGCGUGGAUGAUGGUGUCGGCGAUAGUGCUGGGAGUUGCGUUGGUUUUUGGAUGA